AUGUCAAAAUAGAGUAAAAUCCUGUCACCAAUAAUAACAUCAGACAGAACAAAAUCAUGGAUACAAAUUAAUAGAAUUCGCUAAUGAUCGAUUCAGGCACGUUGUUGCGUUUUGUGUAAAAUAUAAGUGGUUAAAAUGUCAAAAGAAGAAGAUGUAUCUUGUGAGAUGUUCAGUAACAAAUACUUUCUCCUGUGCGCGGGAGGCGGCGCAGUGGCAUGUGGCACCACGCACACCUUCGUCACGCCGCUAGACCUGGUCAAGUGUCGCCUCCAGGUGGAUCCUGCCAAGUACAAAUCCAUCUUCACGGGCUUCGGCGUCUCUUUCAGGGAAGGUGGCCUCGCUAAUCUAGUCAAAGGCUGGGCUCCUACUCUGAUCGGCUACACAUUGCAAGGAGCUGCAAAAUUUUCUGGCUAUGAAUACUUUAAAUAUAAAUUCGCUACAAUGGUCGACGAGGAAUCUGCUUAUUUGUACCGAACCUAUUUAUACUUGGCUGCUGCAGCUUCAGCGGAAUUAGUGGCUGAUGUAUUUCUAGCUCCUUUCGAAGCAACAAAGGUAAGAAUGCAAACAACUCCAGGCUACACAUCGCAAAUGAGAGUUGCAAUGCCUCACAUGAUGUCGACAGAGGGAUUUGGUGUGUUCUAUAAGGGCCUCACUCCGCUAUGGGGUCGACAGGUCCCAUACACGAUGAUGAAGUUCUCGUCUUUCGAAAAGACUCUAGAGUAUCUUUAUGAGAAUGUCGUGCCAAAGCCGAGAGAACAGUGCACGAAAGGAGAACAGCUUAUAGUGACGUUUUCAGCAGGUUAUAUAGCCGGUGUGCUCUGUGCCAUAGUAUCCCAUCCAUCUGAUACCAUAGUCUCCAAGUUGAACAAGGAUCCGAGCGCCACUAUCGGAGGCAUCAUCGGGGAGGUGGGAAUGAUGGGUAUAUGGCGGGGCUUGGUCGCUCGUAUCAUCAUGAUCGGAACGCUGACAGGACUACAAUGGUUUGUGUAUGACGCGUUCAAGGUUUACACAAGAAUGCCUCGUCCUCCACCAGCCCCAAUGCCGGAAUCACUCAGAAAGAAGCUUGCAAAAAAAUGAAAUAAUGUGGUUGUUAAUAUAUAUUACUUAAAAGUA